GUAUCCGGUAAAUGUAUUGACCACGUGUGGAGAGAACAUAUGUUGAUCAUGCACUUCCAUGAGGAUAAAAGCGAGUAAUCGAUAUUGCAGACUAUUUCACAUCAUAGUAAGAACUGGUGCUUACACUUGUGGACACGAACCAAGCGAGAUGAACUACAAGAUAAACUGGAUAAGCUUCGUAUUGAUAAUAUGGAUGCUAACCACGUCGUUACAAAUCGAGGCGUAUUUCGUUCCUUGUAGCCCGCUUUCACCACCCAGUAGCUGUAAAAUUAACGAGGUUCCCAGAAGGCAGAUCUCCUUUCAUAUUUGCGGCGAUCAACUCAAAACAGCCUAUGAAGUGGCAUGCAGAUGGAUGCGAAGGAAAAGAAGUGUAAAACCAAGAGCCAGCAAAGUAAUCCUGGACAAGCAAAGAGCUGAUGGAUUUCUCACUUCACAUCACGUGACUAAAAGGAGCUUCAACGUUGUGGAGGAGUGCUGUCAAGAGGGCUGUGUAUGGGAAGAAAUUUUAGAAUAUUGCAAACCAUAAUUUUAAAAUGGAAAAUCG